GUGGGGGUCUUUUAGGAAGUUCCUUCGGCCGCACGCCCGCUCAUUCACGAUUAUCCCUCUUUGUAUAAGGGGCUAGGGUUUUUCCCUCUUCCUCUUUGCCUUAUUUUCGACCGUCUCUCUCGCUCGAUUCUUUGCUUGGCAAGUUUCUGAUCACGUCGAACAGUAAACAUGCCGAAGAACAAGGGAAAGGGAGGAAAGAACAGGAAAAGAGGAAAGAAUGAAGCAGAUGAUGAGAAGCGUGAGCUUGUUUUCAAGGAAGAUGGUCAGGAGUAUGCCCAAGUUCUCAGAAUGUUAGGGAAUGGUCGGUGUGAGGCGAUGUGCAUCGAUGGGACUAAGCGUCUUUGUCAUAUUCGUGGGAAGAUGCACAAAAAAGUCUGGAUUGCAGCUGGUGAUAUAAUACUUGUGGGGCUUCGUGACUACCAAGAUGACAAAGCUGAUGUUAUCCUCAAGUAUAUGCCUGAUGAAGCAAGGCUGUUGAAGGCAUAUGGUGAACUUCCUGAGAGCACACGUCUCAAUGAGGGUAUUGCUGGCGGUAUCGAUGAUGAGGAUGAUGGUGGUGCUGAUGAUUAUCUCGAGUUUGAGGAUGAGGAUAUCGACAAGAUUUAGAUUUUCAAGUAACUAUUACUUUGGAAGUUUAGAGUUGUGUUUGUGUGGAUGAUUGGUUAUAUGGAUUUGCUCCACUGUUGUUGUACCUUUUACUCUUCUAUUCUGUUGGAGAAUUGGUAUUUAUUGCAUAAAAUCUGGUAUUGAUAUAUACACACAUAAAUGCGUAAUUAAAUUUACCUUC